AUGUCGCUCCCCACAAUCCUCGUUGUCGGCUCGCUCAACACAGAUCUGGUGACAAACACCUCCCGCGUACCAGAUGCCGGCGAGACCAUUCAGGCAAAUUCUUUUGCAACCUUCAAUGGAGGGAAAGGUGCCAACCAGGCUGUCGCUUGUGCUCGUCUCUCGCGCCUUAAAACCCCACAGGGUAUCAUUACCGCCCCUUCCGCCUAUGUUCGAAUGGUUGGCUGUGUCGGGAACGAUGAUUUUGGCGCCUCAUUGAAGAGUAGUCUUGAAUCUGAUGGCAUUGAUGUUGGUGGGGUUCAGGUUUUGGAUAAUGUGGCCACAGGUGUCGCUGUCAUUUUGGUUGAAUCAUCUGGCGAAAACAGAAUUCUAAUUACGGCCGGCGCAAACGGACUAUGCAAGCCGUCACCUUCUUAUUUUUCGCCAGCCCCGGCGCUCCUUGUCCUACAGUUGGAAGUUCCACUGGACACUGUCCUAGAUUUACUCAAACUGGCGUCCGAGGCUUCUCCACCCGUGCCAACUUUGCUCAACCCGGCACCAGCAGUUGAGCUUCCAGAUGAUGCAUACAAAAGUAUCUCUCAUUUGGUAGUAAAUGAGACAGAGGCUGCAAUCCUCGGGGGCGAACCUGUACGGAUCGGAUCGGACACACAGAUGGUCGAAGAUUGCCAACGAGCAUCCCAAAAGUUCGUGUCAAACGGUGUUAAAAGUUCGAUCAUCAUUACACUUGGAGCUAAGGGCGCAUUCUGGUAUGACGCACGGUCGGGUGAGAACGCCCUGGUACCGAGUGAAAAGGUGAAGGUUGUAGAUACAACUGCGGCAGGGGAUACUUUCAUCGGAGCCUUUGCAGUUAAGAUUGUCAACGGGUACGACGUUGCCGAGGCUGUAGCCUAUGCCAUCAGGGCGAGUGCAAAGACGGUCACAAAACAGGGUGCACAGUCUUCUAUUCCGUGGAGGGAUGAGUUCUCCUAA